CCAAUGCAUAUGGGGAAACAGAGCUUUCAUUAUAAUAGUGUAAAUAAUACUUACAUCACUACUUACUAUUAUAAUUGAGUUAUGUGUAAGGAAUAAAACACACCAGGGCAUUCUGUAAUAGGAAAAUAAUCAGUGACAGGGUGCCAUUCCCACUCUGAUGUUCCUAUAAGAGCACGUAUUUUACUCAUCUUAUACCACAGCAUAUGGCCAGUUAUUACGAUUAUUUAUAACGAGAGAACUACACAUCAUACUUUUCUUUUCUUUUUUAACAAAUUAUUAUUUUAGUUACAUUUAAUGUUAUGGAACGUCUGCAAAACAAGUUAGUUCCUCUUAUUACUUAUGGUGUAACAUUUGUACACAGUCAAUCCCUCACAAGCUUCUCUUUUUUUUAAUACCUCUCUUUAAUAUAGUAAUACAAAAAAAAAAAAAACAAGAAAACCACAGUCAUGUUACCAAGAAACUGGAAAUCACAAAGUCCUCUUUCCAUGAAGGAAAUUUUACCGACAGUUACAAAGUGCUGACACUAGUGACUCCUUCCAUAAAUGUCAGAUAGACGUUUCGUCACAGAAAACACGACCAUAUCAAUGAUUAUAUGUUUUUCUUUGAGUAACAUUAAGUAAGAUAAAUGAUAAAUUAUUCGACAGGUUCUGACUAAUCAGAUUCGUGAAUAUAAAAGCACUGUGGUGUAUAUAAAGUAGUAUUUUACCUUCAAUGUGGCACCAGUCAGGUUCAUGGCAGUAAACGUAUGUCAGUAAACAAAAGUACAAGCUUGUCAUUUGUUUCCAGGUACAAUAUGAGACUUCUUGUUGCAGCUGCUGCAAUAUCUGUAGCUAUUCCAUACAGCAUCUCACUUACAGCCCAGUGGUUUUAUGGAUGGCCUGAUAAGCCUGGGUACAAAAAGUAUAUAGAGGCUCUCAAACCCAGGCGUAUAUACCGUUUGACAAGGGCGGUGCUGGAAAUGAUGAAGUAUCUGCAGUACAGCAAGCUAUAUUUCCAAUGGAAACUGUGGUACAGGAAAAACAAUAGUAAGCAAUUUGUAAAAGGAAUCCCCUUUGGUCACAGAGGCAACAAAUUAGACUUGUAUCUUUCCCCAAGAUUGGAUCAGUCAGACACAGAGCUCAUCCCAGUAGUAGUGUUUGUCUAUGGAGGAGCCUGGGGCUCAGGAGAGAGAUCCAUGUACUGUCUGCUUGCUCUACAAAUGGCUAAACAGCUUAAUGCUUCAGUCAUUUGUCCUGAUUAUUCAACAUAUCCAAAGGGGAAUGUUUUAAAUAUGGUUCAGGACAUAAGUGACAGUCUGAUGUGGGUGAGAGAGAAUGGACAUUCAUUCUAUCUUGACAAAGAUAAUAUUGUGUUAAUAGGCCACUCAGCAGGAGCUCAUCUGUGCGCACUGACCACACUGUUUCUACUGGAUGGUGUGGAGUCGCUGUUCAUCAAGCCAUUCAAACAGAAAGAAAUGAUCGACUCGAUUAAAGGCAUCAUAGGUUUGAGUGGCGUGUACGAUAUAAUGGACCAUUAUGAACACGAGAAGACACGAGCUGUUGAAUACAUCUCCGCUAUGCACAAAGCCAUGGACGGCAUUGAGAACUUCGAGUACUAUUCACCUACAGCUCGAAUCAGGAAGCUAAAGAAGGACCAGUUAGAAAGAGUUCCUCCAGUAGGAUUAAUCCAUGGCACUAAUGACAUCAUCGUUCCGGCGGAGUCAUCCAUGCGACUGCGUGAGCUCCUCAUGUCACUCUCUGUCACCGUCACCCUCUACCUCGUGCCCGAUAUCAAUCACACUGAGGUGGUUACAGAUCUCAUGGUGCCAGGCAGACGCUUUUAUCAUACAGUAUUUGGUUGUAUCAAACAGGAAUACCAAAAAUUUAUUAGACCAUCUUAAUUCAUGUCUUUUUAUGUUGUUAUGCUUCUGUUGUGUUCUUUCAGUUGUCUUUGCACAUGCUAUAAAGUUUGUUUACCUCCCUGUG